AGCUAAUUUGACUUUUGACAGAGACAUCUGGACAUCGUGUAUAUCAAAAUGGCCACAGUAUUGAUCGCUAUUGAUGAGAGUCCCUUCGCAGAAAAUGCAUUCAAAUGGUAUGUGGAGAACUUUCACAAGCCUGCCAACAAAGUGAUUUUACUGCAUGUGAUAGAAAACCUGGGCAUUCAGGACAUGAGCCCGGCCCGCUAUAUGGAGUUACAGAGGGAGGCUAAACAAAAGGCCGAGGACCUGAAACAAAAAUACACCGACCUGGCCAAAUCCAAAGGGGUUGAAUCGGUGGAUAUCCAGAUCAAGACAUCGGACAAACCGGAACACUCAAUCGUGGACCUGGCAGAAAAGCUGAAGGUGACCUACAUUGUGUCCGGAAGUCGGGGGAUGGGGGUGAUCCGCCGGACCAUCCUGGGCAGCACCAGUGACUUUAUCCUCCAUCAUGCCCAUUGCCCCGUGCUCAUCUGUAAAUCCGGGUAGCGGCUCAGAGCGAGGCUCCAGGUCACAGCGUAUUUAGAACUUAUUAUUCGGGUAUUUUUACAGUGUAAUCGUGUAUUUAAUAUGUACUUACGAGGGUGGGACAGUUUGUAGAAUGACAGUUGUCUCCCUUGAAUUUCUGCUGAAUGUUUUCAUUUUGGACUCAGGAUAAUGUAUUAGUAUUUGUUGUGUUAAUAUGUUAAGAUACAGUUUUUUUUAAUAUAUAAAGAAAUAUUCUAAGCUC